GGCAUUGGCAUUGGUAUUGGUAUUGGUGUUGUGCAUUCGCAUAUUCGUAUAGCCGCAUCCGCAUCCGCAUCCGUAUCCACCGUUUAUGUUACUUUUUUAUUCUCGGUCUCUCGUCGUGAUCCCUUCCCUCCCUUUCACGUACCAGCACAUUCUUCAUUCACACUCCUCUUCAGACACUCACCACUCACCACUCACCACUCACCACUCGCCACUCCCCCCGUCUUCGUUGACGGAGAGGGUUGAAUUCCAUCUCUGCUCUUCCUUAUCGUUCCGCUCCACACGACGACAGCAGGGCUGCUCGUUUCGAAACUCGAAGCUAUUCACACACACAUGCUGAUGAACCCUGCCGCGACACUGACUCCAUAUGACUUACGGCGAGGCUUCGUUUCCUAUUUGGACGGAAGUUUAUAUUGGCUGCAAUUUAUCUGAUUCAUUCUUCAUAACUUUCGCGCUCAAUAGACAGACAGUCUCCACCCUCCCAUCCACCCUUCCACGGUAGAAAUUCCACCAUCGGUACCAACAUCUCAAAUUGGCCUCCUGUCUCGACCUAGACUGGUUAUGGUCGACCCACCCAGCGCAUUCGAAAAAAGGGAUCCCCGCAGCGCAUACCAAGACUCCAAGCCCAAAAUAUACCUGGCACCUACAUACACACACGCAUUCUGACAUACAUAAUAGUAAUGUUCGUACAUCAGCUCUGUGUCGCCGCAGUCUUUUGUUUGUCUUGAUCGUCUUGGUCUUAUUCUUAUUACCUUCUCGAGAGAGAUCUUCGUUUCCUGAACAAAGUUCUCUUUUAUUCUUAUUCGUAUUUUUAUUCACUCUUUCACGCUCGCUUUGAUCUCGAGACAUUGCUUUCAUAAGUCCUGGAGACUAAUUCUUCGAUUUGCCAAUCAUUCUCCAUCCACAUUCAUUCUUCCACACCAUCAGUCAAUUGACCAGAUCCCGCCAUUCAUUCUUUCUGUCAUAUCUAUUUUGGAUCCUGAAUCACUCUUUUUUUAUAUGCGAGAACAAAGCGACAUUUUGACCCUCGCAGCAUGUCCCUUAUUGAAAAUCGCAUUGCUUUGUUCCCAGACCAAGAACAAUAGAAUCAAGAUUAGCGAUACAACAACAGAAGAACAGUCGGACAAUAAACCUCGAAUUUUAUCCCUCCAUAUAGACUUACAUAGAAGGGCUUCUGCAUUGUUUCAAUCCAGCAAUAAAGACAUCUUUUACAUUCGUUUCACAUACACCAAAACAAAAAAAAAAUAAAGUAUAUCGAGAUGGAGUCCCUCGAUCUUUUGCGCAGAGCCGCAGCUGAAGCGACCACCACGAGUUUACAACAUGCAACCACAACAGAAGCAGCUGCAACACCAAGUAACACUAUAGGAAUGUACGCCACCGAUCUGAAUGGAGUAAACCAAGACGUCAAUAACCUGUUACGAGACGUUUUGUGGUGGUGUCUGGGAAUAAUGGCUUUGAUCAUCCUUGUCUUUAGAAUGAUGCAUCGAGCAACGUCACAUUUGCGACACAUGACAGGGAUGAAUAGCAACGCGAAUCAGCAACGAUAUUUCCAGGAAAAUCGAUCGAGUUGGUGGAAGGUCAAGAAGCAUUUGUUGUAUGCGCCGCUAUGGAAUAAGCGUCACAACAGAGAAUUCAAGUUGUCGUCGGCUGUCAACAUGGGAACCCUCCCAUCAAGAUGGCAUGCACUACUUUUGAUCCUGUACCUUUCAAUGAACGUCGCUUAUACCCUUGUUCUCGAUUACAGCAGAGAGAACCAGUUCUCUAUCGUAGCUGAGCUACGAGGAAGAUCUGGUGUUCUCGCUGUGUGUAACAUGAUCGCGCUCAUCAUUCUUGCCGGACGCAACAACCCCCUCAUCGGAUGGCUUCAAAUCAGUUUUGAUACCUACAACUUAUUGCAUCGAUGGAUGGGAAGGAUAGUUGUCUUGGAGGCUCUUGUACAUACGUCAUGUUGGGCAUAUGUGCAACACGCAGACAGCGGGUUCUCUGGUGUUUGGGAUAAGCUUAUGCACGAUCCAUUCUGUUCUUAUGGAAUGAUGGGGACUGCUUCCUUUGUCCUCAUUCUCCUCACAUCCCCAUCUCCAAUUCGUCACGCCUUUUACGAAACCUUCCUCAAUCUUCACAUCAUCUUCGCUGCCGUAGCCAUCGCCGGUGUUUGGAUUCAUUGCGACAUCCCGGGUCUUCCCCAGAAACCUUACAUCCGCGCCGUCGCCUUCCUCUGGGUUGCUGAUCGCGUAUUCAGAAUGGCUCGUCUUAUCUGGUGCAACUACAGCACCAAAGGCUGGACUACCGCCUCCAUCGAAGCCAUGCCCGGAGAUGCUUGCCGUGUCACCAUGCACCUACCUAAGAAGCUCGAUGUCAAGCCUGGAUCUCACGCCUAUCUUCGUUUCGCCAAACUCAACUUCUGGGAGUCGCAUCCCUUCUCGAUCGCUUGGGUUGCCCACCGCCCGAAGUUCUCUCCCGAACUCCCACUCAACGAAAAGAGAAUGGUUUCCGAAGAACAAACAACCGAUAUCAGUUUUGUCAUCCACGCGCAAACUGGUUUGACCCGUCGUCUCUUCGAUGCUGCUAAAGUCGCCAGUCCACGUGUUCUGAGACUCAAAGCUGCAUUCGAAGGACCCUAUGCCGGACACCACUCUCUCGAUUCUUAUGGCCACGCGGUCCUCUUCGCCGGAUCAUCCGGAAUCACCCAUCAGAUUCCUUACGUUCAACACCUUAUCCAAGGAUACAACGAUGGUACCAUCGCCACCAAAAAGGUCCUACUCGUUUGGAUCAUCCGUGAUGUCGAACAUCUUGAAUGGGUACGACCUUGGAUGGACGAAAUCCUACGCAUGCAGGGUCGUCGCGACAUCCUCACCAUCAAGUUGUUUGUCACGAAACCUAAGAACCCAAAGGAGAUUCAUUCUCCGAGUGCGACCGUCCAAAUGUUGCCUGGUAGACCUAAUAUCAAUCUGUUGUUACAGACUGAGGUUAGGGAACAAGUGGGUGCCAUGUGCGUCACCGUUUGUGGACCAGGAGCAUUGCAAGACAGCAUCAGAGAAGCAGUGAGAGAAGUUCAAGAGCAUGGGGUUGUGGAUUUUAUCGAGGAAAGUUUCACUUGGUAAUUCGGAGAAUGAUACUUAGGGUCGCAUUCCCACAUACGUUUCAAAGAUGCCAAUAAGAGCAAUCCAGGAAGGGAUUACAGAACCCAAGAGAUGGCAAAUCGAGUGGUGCAGAAUGAGUGGAUGGUCAAAAUUAUUUUCUUCUUCGAUUCUCGGACAUAAUUAAUACUUUUAUGGGAGAGAGCUUUGUAUUAUACUACCGGACCAGGCCACGACUGCACUUUGUAUAUAGAUCACAUCAUGAUUGCAUGAGAGAAAGGAGAGAGAUGGUAGACGGAAGACUGGAUUCGCUAUUAGCGGGGAGUUCGUUGCAUUGGGAUAUCCAGAAUUGAUAUUAAGGGAAUGGACUACUCGUCCAUAGGAUAAGAAAGGUAGUCGGUUAGAGAUAGUUGUCUUUUUGAAUUAAUUGAAUUAUUUAAACUGUUUA